CUUUUGUUUCCAUGCUUUUGCGUCUUUUUAGCUCUAUCAAUUGCUUUCGUCUUUCCGUGCAUCGCAGUGAGAAUCGGAGCUUCCGGCAAUGACCGCCCCUUCCAUCCUCACCACCAACAUCAUCGCGUCAUUCCCAUCCAACUCGGCCGAUUCCUUUGCAACUCUCCGAAAAAUCGGCCGACUCGCCAACGCUCCUCUGUAGUAGCUCCGCCCUCUUCCCCUCCUCCGGCCGAACCCGAAAUAACAAGCCGAUCCGUGCCCGGCCAAAGAGGGUAAAUGUGGUAAUUACGGCGAGACCUGGAGGUGUUUGUAGAGCCGAGGUUGGGGCGGAAUGCAGAACCAGAUGAUGUAUUCGGCUCCCCAGCGCUCGCUUUCGAAUCGACGGAUCAUUGACACUCGUGGCCAGUCGAAACGGCUCUAUCAAGUCUGGAAAGGAGGCAAUAGAUUCUUCCUCGGAGGCAGGCUUAUAUUUGGUCCAGAUGUGAGGUCACUGGUACUUACAAUAUUGCUAAUUGUAGUUCCAGUGAUAAUCUUUGCUUCAUUUAUUUCUCAAAGACUAAUUAAUGAGUUUCAGCAUCAUCUCGGGAAGCUUAUAGUAGCUAUUCCGGUUAUCUUCAUGAUAUAUGUUCUUUGUAUUCUCUUCCUCACUUCUGGAAGAGAUCCGGGCAUCAUCCCUCGUAGUACACAUCCUCCAGAAUCAGAAGACGAUGGUGAUGCUUGUUUGUCGAUAGACUGGGCAGGAAAUCAGGGUCCCACCUCAUCUUUACCUCCCACAAAGGAUGUUCUUGUCAAUGGGAUGGUUGUCAAAGUCAAGUACUGCCACACAUGCAUGUUAUAUAGGCCACCACGUUGCUCCCAUUGCUCUAUCUGCAACAAUUGUGUAGACCGUUUUGAUCACCACUGCCCCUGGGUUGGGCAGUGUAUUGGGAAGAGGAACUACCGAUUCUUUUUCAUGUUCGUGUCUUCCACAACUAUGUUGUGCUUGUAUAUCUUUGCCUUUUGCUGGGUAAAUAUCAAGAAAAUAAUGGAUGCAUAUCAAUGUAAUCUCUGGAGGGCUUUUCUGAAGACGCCCAUGUCGGCUGUUCUAAUCAUAUACACAUUCAUAGCAGCUUGGUUCGUGGGAGGGCUCACAGCAUUUCACAUAUAUUUAAUCUCCACCAACCAGACGACCUACGAGAAUUUUCGAUUCCGCUAUGAAGGGAAGGUGAAUCCUUAUGACCUCGGGUGGGCCAAAAACAUUAGGGAGAUCUUCUGCUCGAGGAUUCCCAGUUCUCAUAACAACUUCCGAGCAAGGGUGAACGAGGACUUCGCCUCCUCCACUGCUUCUCUCCCUCGGGGCCACGUUCUCAGCCCGGAGAUUGCCAAGGCGAGCUUAACCAUAGAUAUGGGCAGCAAACGGCAGGCUGUUGCUGCGGAUGAGUUUGAAGAUAUACAGAACCAGAUUGGGUUAGAGAGAUCCAGGAGCCAGGCAAGGCACUCGAACUGGGUCCAGAAAGGCAACUGGGAAAUCAUGCCCGACAUGCAGGCAUUGCCCAGUGAGUUUGGAAUGGAGCACAAAGGCUUCACUGAUAGGGAGAAGAUAAGCCAUUGAUAUGGGGGCGGUCACAGGACAUGUCUAUUACUUAAAGAUGGCAAAUGACAACUAAUAUAACUAACAGGAACACAGUGGUGAUGGAUAUCAUUGUCAGAAACUGGGAAGAGAAGAUAAUUGAAACUGCAUGAGAUGCCCAAAUGCUCUUGGAAGGGAUUCGAGGGGCCUGACACAGGAUGUGUUGUUUGUAGAUUAAUGUGUUUUUUUUUUCUCUGUAGCUGGGAAAGAGACUCUGUACAUUUUGGUAUGUUUUGGUUUGGAUGCGUUUGGGGUGUAGUUGGUGUUUGUAUGGAACUUAGAAUAUGCAGAAAUCAAGGCCCAUUUGGAUCUUGAUAUUGGUAGUGUUGUUGAUGAGAUAUGGUUAUGUUUUGUUCUUAGGUCUGAUACAAAAAUCAUAGAAAUGGGAAUCAGCUUCAUUCAGUUAGUGAGAA